CAAAAUCGCCGUGUACCAAUGUAACACGGUAUCUGCGAUCGGCGAAGUCGGUGUUACAUUCUGGCGUAUCGGGGCCUUUUGCCCCGCGCCGAUAGACACCAAAAUCAUGAUCAUCGACAUCGACAACAUUGUUACUAUACAACAGCAACGAAUACAGAAGACAAAAGGCAGUGAAAACUGUCGCUGACAAGAUGACUACGCUAACGGAUCUUCAACAGACAGACAUGGCUCGAUUAGUCCUCACCUACAUGUACAGCCAGAAAAUGGACGAUCUUGCCACACAGUUUUGUCAAAGACAUCCUCAUUUAACACGUGAACGAGAAAACUUGGAUUCGAAGUUAAAGAUGAUUAACUAUUGCGGUCUCACGUUAGAAGAGUGUAUACAAAAAUCCUCUGCAGAUCAGCUCACGUUGUACAGGCUGGUGGAAAAGUACGGUCAAGAUGCACCUGUUUUACGCGAUCCUGCUUUAUCAUUGCUGGAGAAGUUGGAGUACUUAUUAGAACAAGGCAGUGCAAGAACAUCGACAAGAAUGCACCAAGCAAACGACACUGAGCCUCAACCACCUGCUACGAGCAUACGCGUCUUAGAAGAUAUUUAUUUGGGGAAUAUCCUACAAGACAUGAAAGCUAACACAAGCAAGACUAUAAAUGCAAACAAUCAAACGACGCAAUCAAACAAUCGUCCAUCAGAGCAGCUCGUGCAGGGACAACAGAUGCUAUUGAGUGACGUUCAACAAGAAGACGAUCAGGAGGUGUACUGGAUACUACAAGAUGCGAAUGACGAUGGUUACCAGUUGGCUUUGCCUGUGGCGGAUACGGUCAACAACGAAUCGCACACACAUGAAUUAGCAACACUAUCAUCGCUGCAGACGGUAGAUAUUGGGACCACCGUUAGCGACGAAGGCACAAAUAAUCUGGAGAUGAUAGAGUUCAGCGAAAAGAACUUUUUAUGUUCAAAAGACACUCAUUCCUGCGUUGCGACCAAUGGUGAUACACUACCAGCGAUAGUAAGUACGCAGAUAGCCAGUACACUUUCUAAAGAGACGCCUCCUGCAAUAAGUCGAAUCGAUAACCAAACACAUACCUUCAAGCAUGCUUUACCUGGAAAAUCAAACUUGUGUUCUGCGACCAGCAAUGCUCCGACGCUGACGAGCAUCGAAAAAUCGUCUUCUAAUGAACCGACAGAUUGUAUAACGGAAACGGCAAAAACGUCACCGACUGUGUCCCGGCAGAAGAGAUCGUACGUACGGCGAUUGAAUUUCGACAAAUUUUCACAAGAGCAAAAUUCGAUAGAAGCUUUAAGGCACAGGAAAGACGUGGGAUACGAUGGGUGCCAUACUAGUGAUAACGAUGCUCGGCUGAGUCCAAAUUCAAAAACUAGUGUCGUUUCGAUGGCACCAUUUUCGAUUUCCUUAGGCGACACGUCUAUGAGCAUCAGAGUGGAACCAUUACAACAUAAGCCAAUACCAUCGACGAAUGUAGUUAGCGCAAACGAACUGAAAGCAGGUUCAGCAGGUCCGGAUGAGCGACACGGGGAUGCUGCAUCGACGGAACCGACGGUGCCUGUACUACGUUAUCGCAGUGCUGAGGACAACGUUAAAGCAAUGGCCGAAUGGCAGCGGAUUCGGUCUAUCAAUAGUAACAACUUUGAUAUUCAUUUACGUCGAACAUUUGCCGACCAAGAAUCACAAAAGCAAGAAGAGCACAGAAAAAAAUUGCUCCAACGGAGAAAGUAUCCCCGAAAACCAAAGUUGAUCUGCAAACCAAAAAUCUUAAAAACAAAGCCGAAACGAAAUGGGCAAAACAAUGGACCCGAAGUAACAACGCUACAAAAGCAGAAAAGUCCAAGACCAAUGAAGGCACGAAAGAAUGCUUGCAGCGUUGUUCCUAAAUCGAGCAAACUGAAAAAACAAAGAGGAAUACUAGAGACGAAAAACCUUUGCAAUGAACAAGCGCAACCCGAAACGUCCCGCAAAACUCGUUUUUCGCCAACACCUAUAAAACGGUGCUCAACUGAAACAGAUGCACCAGUUAAAGAAAGCAUUACUAACACUGAAUGCCAAUCUUCAUUACCCGUUAUUAUACCAUCAUCGCCAGUACUGCCGGCUGCAUCGCCAUAUCUACUAAUGGGAACCAUUUUUGCGGACCAAGAUUUCGACUAUUUGAACUCGCCGUGUAAAAUUGACCCAAAGACGAACAAUCCGAGAACACCGCGCUACCUUGUCAAGGAAAAACCAUGCACCAUUUCUCCUGAGGCAGAAAAAACCGGUACAACAAUAGUAAAAACAUCACGGACGGUACCUAACAGCUCAAUACCAUUUGAUUCGAGUACGCUUGAAACAAGCGAUGGGAUUUCCAUCUCCAUGAACAGUCCUGCAAGCGAUUCAAACAUCGUAACCAAUAAUGUGUAUCUUCCUCCCAACAAUCCAACCCACAACUACCGUGUUUCACCGACUCACGUAGGUAGUUCCUCCAAACUGUCAACAGAUUUACCACUUCAGUCAAGCAGCUUAGACAUACACGAAUCGAAUGUCAACAGUCUGCCUAAUGAUGUGAUCGAUUGUCCAGAAAGUACAACUACCGUUGGGACUGAUAGUGAUGUAACCAAGCGUCAAAUGGCCGCUAACAAUAGAUCGAACGAACAUCGUGAAACGAUAUUUUAUUUGCCAAUGACACGCAAGCUCGCAGCAUCCCCCUCAUUAUCGAUGAGGCUUGAAGAGGACAGAAGACUUGAGGACAGACAACGGUUGAAUGGCAAGCACUUGGAAAACGCAACAGCUCAAAAGGCGGAUCAACGCAACCAACACAACCUGACGAUGCGGUACAGCCUGGGCGAAACGUUUCAUUUCGCGCCGAUAAGUAAUGUAGCAAGCGCCGAAAAUCCAAAGAUGGGUGUAAGAAAGCGAACAUUGAGAACACAUUUGCAAGACACCGAUCCGAUACUGGAAGUUUUCAACGGUGAGGCAAGGUUUACGAUUGCAUAUUCCAGGCUUGCAAUACACUUUGAGCAGCAACCGAUGCAGCACGAAGCGUCUGAUCGGUAGAAUCCAGUCCGAUCAGCUCGUCACAAUUACCGAGCCUGUUGCCGCCAUGGAACUUGAAGCCGAUUUAUACCGACCAGCACGACCGGGUGCUAUAGUUACGUAAGGUAGGUUUCGAAACUUAUUGUACAUUACUUGUUUGUCUUCAAUAGGAGUGUGAUUUAACAUUCACACUAUGCUAGUUAUUUAAAAAUGAUCCCAAUCCACUGUUGCCGGUGGAGCGCUGUUAAACAUCAUGGUUUACUCAGUUUUUUAGUUCCAAAAGAAAUAUUCGAUUAAACUUGUAUGUUCUGUUACCUGUUAUGAUCUUCAAUAAGCAACGAAAACCAUUGAAGUUUAGGUGUCGCAUUUUGGCUACCUUUAUCGCGACUGUUAGCAGAUACGAAACAGAUGCAAGAAGUAUUAAGGCACGAAAUCAAACGGACUAUUCGACUAUUAAAUUUGAAAAACAAUAUACAUAAUAACAAUACAUAUACAGCGCUUCUGUUUUUUAUUAAAUACAAGCCCCUAGCAUUAGGCAUAAUGUUUCGUCUAGCAUUUCCCACAUGCAUUAACAAUUCCUGCUCGUAGGACACCAUGCAACAUGAUAAAAUAAAGAGUAAUAAAGUGAAGUAAAACAA